AUGAUAUCUUCCGCGGAUGAUACGGGCGGCUGUGGUACAUAUUGCCCGAUUGAGCCAUGCACUAGCGGCUACGGUUCCGCAGGGAAACGAAAGCCAACAACAACAACAACAACCACUCCCAGGAUAAGAACGACGACACACGCAACGACAACGCCAGCAAAGAUGGCCGUACCGACCAGCGCCAUGGUGCUGUGCUGCUGGUGCGCUCUACUGCUGAUGGCCACGGUGGAUGCUCUGCCCAUCACCUCGAAACCACUCGAUAACAACCCAGAUCACCUGACGUGGGAAGCUGCCUGGUUGUCGGAGGACAGCCGUGCUUCGCUGCCCGUCGGCGGGAAAACGAAAAAAAUCACCCCCAAAUCGAUUUUCAUCACCCCCUUCCUGAACAGCUACAACGCGUCGGCAUGCCCGCCCGACUACAAGGUGGACUAUAAUGGCAAGUGCAUCCAGGUCGUGAACAUCAACCCCGCGGACAUCCUUGUGACGAAGCUGCAAAGUUUGUUCUCGCAGCACGGCGACACGGGUGGUUAUGGGGCGGGAACUAGUGAGGUUGAUUACGAUUAUGACUACGAUGCGACGGGCCCGUUCCAGGUGAACUUACCGCUUAGUAUUGAUUUACCACCGGAACCGCCUGUACCGGACCCGAAGUACACGUACAAGGACAGUCCCGGGCCGAGUUUCUACGAUAGCGCUAUGGUGGAUGUGGCUUCCGUUGAUCAGGAUAAGGCAAAGAUAACAACCGUAUCGCUGCCAGGCGUGGGAACUUCAUCCGAGCGGCCCUUUCUUGCUGGCAACGCAGCCAGUACCGCUGCUAGCACCGAAAAAGUGGAACAAUCCCUUGCCGAAGGCAACCAGCCCGAUAUAUCCUUUCUCGCGUUCGAGUCCCUCCCCAAUGGGACGCUUGUCGGUCAGGUUGAGCUGGAGCGAAACAAUAGCACGGUGGUGCAAAACAUUUUUGUUUCGUCCACUACUGCGAUGGCCGACGGUCGCCCAACGGAGUCUGCAGUGGUCACUGAGCUGGCUGAUCAGCCCGGUACAACGACUGAUCGUGCUAGUGACGCGAUUGAUACGGAUGCUGCUGAUACUCUAGCCAGUACGACGGUGAGCGCUAGCACGCCUUCUUCAACGCAGGAUCCGGCUACGAUCACGUCCACGAUCGCGCAAGGUGACGUGAGUUCCACGAUCAACGAUGACGACGUGCCUACGGUUACUACCGACGUUGGCAACUCGGGUGUAAUGAGCACGAGCACUACGAUGGAACAGGACGAAACGGAUCUCGAGGAUUUCAGGAUGGAGCUGGAAGAUGAGCUGCUGUUGAUGGACAACAAUCACAGCUCGAUCGCGCCACCACCUGAUGCCUCGACGACGGACCUUUCGGAGAUGGAUCUGGACACAUUACCAACCGCCGAAACCCAACCCAGUGAUGUUCCGACGCUCGCAAGCAAGGAACAGGAUGCGCCAAGCACGGAGAAGCCUGUUUCGACGAGUACGACCACAGCAAAACCUCCAACACGUCUGCUGGUACCGCUCCCAACGAAGGCAUCGGUGCAGAUUAUUACCCCGAUCGGAAGCAGUUGGGAUUUGGGAGGUCGAAGAGGCUCUCCGGUACACCUGGUGGCCGCAAGCCAUCUCAUACAACAGGAUCGCACAACUCGCGCCACUCCGGAAACGACAACGGUGGCGAUCGAGCACGGAGCACGAUCAACGACGGAAGAACCGGCUGCACUAAUGGUGCAAAACGACACCGCUGAGGACAAGAAAAACCGCCAGGACAUCCUGCGCCAGGAAACGAAUGAUGCGCGACGUGAGUCGAACGACGCCAGCAAUCGGUUCGUGUACAAUCACCUGUCGGUGGUGGCGACUUCCACGAUCGCACCCACCUCCACAGAAGCCGACAAACUACUGGUGCGUCCUCUCGCGACGACACCCGCGAAUCCUGUAAACAGCGGUUACUUGGAACAGUUGCGCAAGAUCAACGAGAUAGUGGCCGAAAAGCGACGUCUUCAGCAGCAACAAGAGCAGCAGCUUGGUGCAGGUCCUUCCAGUGCACGCAUCCGUUUCCCGUCUCGUGACGAACAGGACCUGUCUGUGGUGUCCUCGAGUAACUCGCAGCAGCCUGCCGGAAGUCCACAGCCGAGCAACGGUGGUCUUCGUUUCCCAGGAUCAGCCACAAACCGGCUGCCGGAUAUCUUCCCGAAGAAGUCCCCGGACAGUACGACACAGCGGCCAGCCUUCUGGUGGCUCCCGUCCGGUUGGGAGGUUGAUCAGACGGGCAAUAAGCCGAUGUUACUGCGCUUCUGGUCGCGAAUGCCACUGGUGCGAGAUAGCGCGAUUCAACCAGCCGCGAGUGACUCCGAACCUGGCAACUCCGUCAACACUGGCGGCAAUCGAUGGCGAUCAGCGACCGGAUUCCAACAGCCUGCAAGCAACCACAUCCCGGCGGCACCUGGAGCACCACAACACCCGGUGGCGACGGCACGCGGGAAUUCGAAAAGCCCAAGCGAGAACUUCUACAAGGAGGUGUCCGCUCAGGAGGUGUACAAGGUGAUGAACGCACGGCAGAUGAAUCAUCACGGCCAGAGCUAAGCCAGCUUCGGUGGUGGCAGCGGUGGCGAAGAAAAGGGAAGACAUCGUCGUCCUUUUUUCGUCCCCAUCCCCAUCCCCGUGCCCCGCGUCCGUGCGAUCCUUCGAGAUGUCGCGGCUCGUGACAGGGGUGCGCAACCUUUACCAAAGUCCACACAGCAGGCUACACAAGUCCAGCUUUAAGUAUUACGUAAUAUAUCCCGCGUCUACCGGCGAUCC